AUGGCGCACGCAACCGCCGCGGCACAGCUGGCCUUGGGCACGGCGACUGAAUCCGAAGCAACGGCGACCCCUCCUCCCGAGCAGCUUCACAUUGACGAGAUAGACCGCGAUGGACGACACAUUGGUGUGGUACGAGAUGAGAACAGGAACAUUGUCUACCCGUCCUAUGUACCGCCUGAGAUUGAUUCGCCGAAUGCUCGAUCGCCGCAGUCAACGACGGCACCUACAGUUCCCGAAUUACCACCGAAAGAUGAGAGGGCCACGAAGACAUCGUCGGAACCGACUGCCCCUGACCAUCUCGAGGUGUCCGGCACGUCGAACCACCAGGAACGCCCUCCCAUCGACAAGAAGUGGAGGACUGAGGCGCCUGGCCGCAAGGCCGGCUCGAGCAGCGCGGCAAAGCGUAACGUCCCCAAGCGAUCCGGAACAUCAUACCUCGACAGAGCCCUUCUGGAGGCCGACAGAGGAAAUUCGAGCUCCAGCGAAUCCUCCGAUGACGAUGCUGAAGCUACCAGGACCCCGGCCGAAAAGAAGGCGGCAAACGACGGGGCCAACGCGAGACGGCAAAAAGAGAUUGCUGAGAGCUACCGCCGAUUCCACGUAGGCAACGACAAUUACAACACCAAGGGCAAGGUGAAGAAGGACGGUCGUCUGCGUAUCUCGGUCAAGGAAACGGCCAACACCGGCUACUUGGCCAAGGCCUUGGGCCACGCUGUCAAGAAAGUGGUGCCGGUGCCCGAAGGUGAGGAGCAGGGGGAGGAUGGGCAGCGACCGCCCAUGUCUCGCCUCUCCUCCGCGACCACGGCUACCGCCGAUCGCGAACCGAAGCCGCGCUUGAACAUCGUCAUCAUGGUCAUUGGUUCCCGCGGUGACGCCCAGCCGUUCCUCAAAAUUGGCAAGAUUCUAAAGGAGGAUUACGGCCACCGCGUGCGUAUCGCAACGCACCCCGCCUUCCGCGAAUUUAUCGAGAAGGACUCUGGUUUGGAAUUCUUUUCGGUCGGCGGUGACCCCUCAGAGUUGAUGGCUUUCAUGGUCAAGAACCCAGGCAUGAUUCCGACAUUGGACGCCGUCAAGGCCGGAGACAUUGGACGGCGACGAUCGGCCAUGGCGGAGAUGUUUGACGGUUUCUGGAGAGCUUGCAUCAACGCCACUGACGACGAGAAGGACGUCCACAACCUCAAGAUGAUGGGGGAGAAGGAUCCCUUCAUCGCCGACGCCAUCAUUGCCAACCCUCCUAGCUUUGCCCACGUCCACUGCGCCGAAGCUCUUGGCAUCCCAUUACAUCUCAUGUUUACGUUCCCCUACACCCCAACGCAGGCUUUCCCUCAUCCCCUGGCCAGCAUCAAGAAGUCGAACGUGGAUCCCGGGUACACCAACUUCAUCUCAUAUCCCCUGGUCGAGAUGAUGGUCUGGCAGGGGCUGGGCGAUUUGGUCAAUGACUUCCGUGUCAAGACCCUCGGGCUGGACGCUGUCUCGACACUUUGGGCCCCCGGCGCGACUUACCGCCUUCACGUGCCCUUCACCUACCUCUGGAGUCCAGGUCUCGUCCCCAAGCCCCAGGAUUGGGGUGAAGAAAUCGACGUCUCCGGGUUCGUCUUCCUCGACCUGGCUUCGACGUUUGACCCGCCCAGUGAUUUGGAGAAAUUUUUGGAUGCUGGCGAACCGCCCAUUUACAUUGGUUUUGGCUCCAUCGUCGUUGAUGAUGCGGACCGUUUCACUCAGAUGAUUUUCGAAGCCGUGCAACUCGCCGGAGUCCGCGCGCUGGUGUCCAAGGGUUGGGGCGGCCUGGGAGGUGACGAGAUGGACGUCCCCGACAACAUCUUCAUGCUAGAGAACACGCCCCACGACUGGCUGUUCCCUCGAGUGAAAGCCUGUGUCAUUCACGGCGGAGCUGGAACCACCGCCAUCGCUCUCAAGUGCGGUCUGCCCACCAUGAUUGUACCCUUCUUUGGCGAUCAGCAUUUCUGGGGAAGCAUCCUAGCAACUAGCAAAGCCGGGCCCGAGGCCGUGCCCUACAAGCAAUUAGACGUCGAGAAGCUCGCCGAGGGUAUCAAGUACUGCCUUACGGACGAGGCGAAAGAAGCGGCCGCCAAAGUCGCCAAAAACAUUGAACUAGAAGGUGACGGCGCCAAGAACGCUGUGCGGUCGUUCCACCACCACCUGACGCUGGGAGGUAUAAACUCGAUGCGCUGCUCCAUCCUGCGGGACCGCCCAGCUGUCUGGACUCUGAAGAACACCAAUGUCAAGCUCAGCGCGCUCGCCGCGGACAUAAUUGUCGAGGAAGGACAGCUUUCGUGGAAGAGGCUCAGGCUGUUGCGGCACACUGAGUGGAACGACUUUGAGGGCCCUGGAGAGCCUGUGACUGGUAUCGCGGGCUCGCUCGCCGGUACGAUGGGCAAUGUUUUUGGUGGGAUUGGGAGUGUUCCAUACAGACUUGCCAAGACGUCACACAAGCGAAAGGAGAAGAAGGACAAGAAGAGGAAGUUGAGGGCCCUCCGAGAUAAGCGGACGACUGCCAAGGAACGGAAGAACCCGGCCAACGGCGAGACCAGUCCUGCUCUUCAACCGCAGGAGGGAGACGAUCAUAAAGCAAAGGAGGGAGACAGCAAGAAGCAGGGCCAGGAAGAGCGACCACAAGCAAAUGGCAAUUCUUCUUCUGCAAGACCAGGUGCGCAGGAACGGCGCGACACAAUGUCGUCAGUCGACACCGGAACCACCGUUGACGACGCCGUCGGAGACUACGCCAACGAAGUCAGCGAGGGCGUGGGCAAAUCGGCGCAAGCCUUGGCGAGGGCGCCGGUAGACCUGUCUAUGGCCAUCGCCCAAGGAUUCCACAACGCACCUCGACUAUACGGUGACGAUACUGUCCGACGUCCUCCACGUGUCACUGGCAUUAGCUCCGGACUCAAGGCGGCCGGCAAGGAAUUCGCAUACGGCAUCUACGACGGCACGACCGGCCUCGUUCGCUUGCCAGUCAGGGGCGCCAAGAAGGAGGGAGUCAAGGGUUUUGUCAAAGGGACAGGCAUGGGUCUCACGGGCUUCGUGCUCAAGGAUCUCAGCGCCAUUAUCAGUCCUUUUGGCUACACUCUCAAGGGCAUUGCCAAGCAAGUCGAACGGAAGAAGCAGCCCGAUCGCGUUGUCCGUCGAGCUCGCCUCGUACAGGGUCAACGCGAGAGGCGGCAACAGCCCAGCGAAUCCAAGAAGCAAGUUGACAAGGACGUCAUUACCGGCUGGUACACGAUCCGCGAACUCCUCGAGACUCUCGAGGCUGAGAAGAAACAAGGCAUCAAGAGGGUGUUCUCGCAUCAGAAGCAGCGCGUCAACCACGCCGCCUUUGAGAGUGUCGACAUUGCCGACCGCACCCUCCAGGCGAUCAAGAGGGGCGAGGAUAUGAGCACCGUCGUCGGCACGGAAAAGGAGCUUCGCAAGGCGGACGAGAAGCUCAAGAGUCCUGCGGCGAGGCAUAGUGUCGAUACAAGACGGUCGACCGACACCGCGCGGGCGCGCAAGUCUGCUGAGGAUCAGGAAAAUGCGGAAGGCUCGGACAGGAACUCAUCUAAAAGGAGAGAUGAUAUCGCGGAGAAUGAGGAAGGGGAAGCACGAGCCGAGGCGGCAGAUCGCGCCGAUGCGAGAGACAAAGCUAUCCCCAACGACAGAUCUGAGACACCACACAAGGCAGAGGUUAGUUCUGGGUCUAAAGACGGAGCCCAUGCCAAUGGCACAGUUGGGGGGGAGGACGCACAUCGUCGGCCCGGCGUUGAUCGCGCGAGUUCGGCCCAGGUUUAG